AUGCAAUUGUCACUUCGUGUAGCAGGCAUCGUAAGCCUGCUGGCAGGUGCAACUAGAGCCUUACAAAUCGACUGGAAUAGCGAUGAUUCGAUAAAAGAUGCAGCAAGUACCGUUGCUUUCGGGUUGGUGAAAUACUACACGGGAAAUAACACAGGCGAUACUCCUGGUAACUUACCAGACCCGUAUUUCUGGUGGGAAGCGGGAGCUAUGUUUGGUACGCUAGUUGACUAUUGGUUUUAUACUGGCGACGAAACGUACAACGAUAUAACAACGCAAGCACUACAGCAUCAAGCAGGUGAAGACAGCGAUUACAUGCCCCAGAAUCAGACAAGGUCACUGGGAAACGACGAUCAAGGAUUUUGGGCUAUGGCCGCCAUGACCGCCGCUGAGAACAACUUCCCGAACCCGCCGGAAGACCAGCCACAGUGGUUAGCACUAGUUCAAGCUGUCUUUAAUGAGUAUAUAACUCGAUGGGAUGCCGAUACCUGUGGUGGUGGUUUGCGGUGGCAGGUGUUUACGUUCAACAAUGGAUUUAGCUACAAGAACUCCAUAUCCAACGGCUGCUUUUUCAAUAUCGCUUCCCGACUAGCUAGGUAUACAGGGAAUCAAACGUACGGCGACUGGGCCGAGAAAGUAUGGGAUUGGAUGGCAGACGUUCAAUUCAUCGACGCCGACUUUAACGUUUACGACGGAGCAGGCGCGGAUAAAGGCUGUGUCGACAUCAACAAAGCGCAAUGGACCUACAACGCAGGUAUCUUCCUACAGGGAGCAGCAAUGAUGUACAAUUUCACAGAGGGCCAGGAUAUCUGGAAGCAGCGAGUAGAGGGUCUAGUGAAAAGGACAAACGAAUAUUUCUUCGACGAUAAUAUCGUGGUUGAGCGGCCGUGUGAGGGCUUCAACUCUUGCGACUACGACCAGCAAAGUUUCAAGGGCUACCUUAUGCGAUGGAUGACUUCGGCGUCGCAGAUGGCCCCUUUUACCUUUGAUACUCUAAUGCCGUUACUUAAAACCAACGCGGCGGCAGCGGCGCAGCAGUGCUCUGGCUCGCCGUCAACUGACCUGUAUAAAGGCCCGGCUGGUACAGCGUGCGGCUUCAAGUGGACGGAAAAGGAAAAGUUCGACGGCCUUGCUGGUGUCGGCGAGCAAAUGAGCGCGUUGUCUGCCAUACAAUAUACGUUAGUCAAGAAGCAGACGCCAGCACCGUUGACUGCAACUACGGGUGGAACAUCUGUCGGCAAUCCCGAUGCUGGGCGGCCGGUGGAGGCAUAUAUGCCUAGUUUGACGCCAAUAUCAACGGGAGAAAAGGUAGCGGCUGGCUUCGUGACGAGUGCGAUUGCGUUCAGCGUCCUGGGCGCGUGCUUCUUCGUGAUGAGAGAUUAA